AUGGACUUCCUCAUUCGUUUCGUACAAAUCCAUGAGACCUUUCGUAAGCCUGAGAUCGAGGCGUUGGCCGUGCUUGCAAAUGUCAAUGUCGAGUUCCUAUCCUACAGUGAAAGUUCUCCAUACUCAGUAGUCCGCCUAAAGGAUGAAGCAACCGCAAAAUCUCUCCUAAGCCGCAGCAUCUCAAGCAAAGGGAUCUACGAGCUAUGGGGAAGCGGAACAGACUACGAUGAGCUCCAUGCAGACAUUAUUAUGCGCACAAGAGGUCAAUGGCCGCAGUAUCAAUCUUGCUCUUUCAGGUUUGAAUUCGACACCUUCUGCGGCUCCCGAACGCUACCGGAGCAAAAAGCUAUCAUCGAAUCUUUCAAAUAUAUGGGUUUCAAUGGCCCUAUUCGUAUGCGAGGUGCAGAGCUUAGUUUCACCAUCUUCGAGGAGUACGAGUAUGGUGUGAAAAAACCCAAACGGCUCUAUCUGGGAAGCUUUAUAGGCAGUAGUUCACGGCACGCAAUCGUUGACUACAGUUUGAAGACCAGGGACUACAUCAACACUACAUCUAUGGACUCGGAGCUCGCGCUAUUAACCGCGAAUCUCACACUCGCCGCUCCAGGAAAGAUAUUCUACGACCCAUUUGUUGGCACAGGUAGCUUUCCGAUCGCUUGCUCUCAUUUCGGUGCCAGGACCAUGGGAUCUGACAUAGACGGGCGAAUGGUGAGAGGAAAGAACGGGAAAGACAUUAGGACUAAUUUUCGACAGUAUGGAUUGCUUGAUAGGUAUCUUGAUGGCUUUAUCUCGGACUUGACGCACAGCCCGCUUAGGAGAGGGAGAUGGCUGGACGGUAUCGUUGGUGACCCACCGUAUGGUGUUAGAGAGGGUCUGAAAGUUCUGGGGACAAAGGAUGGGCGUGGAAAGGAAGCUGUGUUUAUCAACGGGGAGGCAUCACAUUUACAAGACAAAUAUAUCCCGCCAAAGAAGCCGUACAGCUUCGAAGCUAUGCUAGACGACCUGCUUGAUUUCGCCGCACUAUCGUUGGUAGACGAUGGGAGGCUUUCUCUCUGGAUGCCGACCGCGAACGAUGAAGAUGGAAUCUUAGGGAUACCAUCACAUCCAUACUUAGACUUGGUCAGCGUUUGCGUUCAGACAUUCAACAAAUGGUCUAGAAGGCUUUUGACGUACAGAAGAUUGCCAGACUCUGAGAUCAAAGGAGACUUGAACAUGAGGCAAAGAGAAGCUGCAAAAGGAAGCAGUGCUAAUGACUUGAACUCUUUUAGGAAACGAUAUUUCGAAGGAUUCAAAGCUUCAGGGGCAAGUGAGAAUCCUCAAGAGGUGCCCGCCAGUGAGGUGGAAGGUCCGCCAGAGUCAGCAAGAACUUUCGUUCCAGAUGGCCUCUUAGCUAAGAAGAAGGAACUUGAAAAGUUGAAGAACCGCGCACUGGAAAAGAAUCAGGAGUUGCGUGAUCUUGAGACCGCCCUUGCCCAGAAAGAAAAACAACGGAAUGCAGAAAUCGAAGAGCUCAGGAAAGAGCUGGGGACGGGUCGACAGUCAUGGAUGACAGCCGAAAAGCACUGA